AUGUCUGCUCCACCUUCUCCCCCACAUCCAUUGCCCAAUGAGGAGAUAGACCAUUUGCCAGAGGGCCAACUUCCCGGUGCCACGAUCGAUGAUUUGGAGCUAAACCCAGACUUGUACAAUGACGUCAGUGAUGAUGAACUUGAUGAUGUAAAUGCCAAUGGUGCUCUGGAAGUGCCUAAUGGAGAUGAUAGUAGUAAAAGUAAAAGCAAUAAGAAUGUAGAAAACGAAAACGAUAAUGACCAAACAGAAAAGGAGGUGGAAGCACCUUCGUUUACGCUUGCAUUCGACUCUGCGUUGGAGCUUACAGAGUCCGACUUCAGUAGUAACUCAACAAAUGCGACCGGGUUGACACUCUCGCAACAGAGUAGGUUCAUUAACUAUAUAGAUGAAAGGUUACUAGCCAUACAACGUAAGUUUAUAAAGUCCCAUAUAGAAGGAGAGGUAGCGUACCCGAUGAUGGAAUUGUUGAAGGAUCUCUCGAAGACGCUCGAUUUGAUCUGGUAUUCGAUAAAUCUGAAGAGUAAAUUGUUUGGACAACAGCAUUACUUCAUCAAGAUUAUGGGGGACUUAGAAGAUUAUAUAAGUAAGUUAAAUAUAGGUCAGCUGCUAUCGGCACAAAACUAUGAAUUGAGCAAUGAAGACGAAGCAGACUUAAUGGAAUUGUUUUUCAUGCUUCAAAACUUGGACGUUCGAUUGAGCUUUCUCUUUGAUGGGUUCAAAGAAGAAAGCGGAAACACUAUUCAAAAAUUAUCCGGUACGGAAGCAGUUAGACUCGGGCCAAUUGUUUCAAGAUUAAGAGUAAUUGUGGUGGAUAAGCUUGAAAGUUUGAGAAGUAAAUUGGCUCAAUCGUCCAGUAAUAGCUCUAGGCAUAUUCUGAAUAUACUUGAUGUUGAAACCGGGAAGCUAUUUGAAGGAUUGAGUCAAAGAAUAUAA